AUGUCCGAUUCGCAAGACCCGAAGACCAAUUCUUGCGUCCGUUAUGCAGUCGUUGCUGCCACUGACACAUUCCUUAUCGCUGUGAGAGUAGCAUCCUCGCGAUCUGUGGGCCUGCCGGAUGUACAUUCUGGUUAUGGAUUUGCAAUCGGAAACAUGGCCGCUUUCGACCUUUCCGAUCCAACGGCUGUUGUAUCCCCUGGCGGAGUUGGCUUCGAUAUCAACUGUGGUGUUCGUUUACUUCGUACAAAUCUAUCCCUGAAAGAUGUUCUUCCAGUGAAAGAGAAACUAACACAAACACUGUUUGAUCACAUCCCGGUUGGCGUCGGCUCCAAGGGUGUCAUUCCCAUGAAUGCUCAGGCUCUCGAGGAGGCGCUCGAAAUGGGUAUGGAUUGGUCAUUGAGGCAAGGAUAUGUGUGGGCGGAUGAUAAAGAGCAUUGUGAAGAGUAUGGUCGAAUGCUGCAAGCUGACCCGAACAAGGUGUCGGCUCGUGCGAAGAAACGUGGUCUGCCACAACUAGGAACCCUCGGCGCGGGCAAUCACUACGCCGAGAUACAAGUUGUAGAGGAGAUAUUCGAUCGUCAUGCUGCUACCAAGAUGGGUAUCGACAGGUUAAAUCAAGUCGUUCUGAUGAUCCAUUGUGGCAGUCGUGGAAUGGGACAUCAGGUUGCCACAGAUGCUCUGGUGGUAAUGGAGCGAGCGAUGAAACGUGACAAGAUCGACGUCAAUGACCGGCAGUUGGCUUGUGCUCGUGUGGAUUCCCCGGAGGGUCAAGAUUAUCUAAAGGCCAUGGCCGCCGCUGCGAAUUACGCCUGGGUGAACCGAUCCUCCAUGACAUUUUUGGCAAGACAGGCUUUUGCGAAAAUUUUUAACUCAACGCCGGAUGAUUUGGAUAUGCAUAUCAUUUAUGACGUAUCGCAUAACAUUGCGAAAGUGGAAGAACAUUGGGUGGAUGGGAAGAUCAAAACCUUGCUGGUUCAUCGGAAGGGUUCUACUAGAGCAUUUCCACCUCAUCAUCCACUCAUUCCAGUCGACUAUCAGCUUACUGGACAACCGGUGCUGAUCGGUGGAACUAUGGGCACUUGCAGUUACGUGCUCACUGGCACGGAAAAGGCCAUGACGGAGACGUUUGGUUCCACUUGCCAUGGGGCUGGUCGGGCUCUAUCUCGCGCAAAGUCCCGUCGUAAUCUGGACUACACUGACGUCCUCGAUGCUCUGCAAGCGAAAGGAAUUUCCAUCCGUGUCGCUUCCCCGAAGCUGGUGAUGGAAGAAGCCCCGGAAUCAUACAAGAACGUCACCGAUGUGGUUAACACAUGUCAAGCUGCAGGUAUCAGCAACAAGGUGUUGAAGCUACGCCCCAUUGGAGUGAUAAAGGGUUGACCAAACAACUCGAGUCGUCUUUCUUCGUCGCCUCCACUUGUAACCACAUUCGCCUUCCGCUAACAGCUUCCCCUCCGUCGUCACUUGCAAUGCAGACUGCCAGUUUACUCGCUUGUGUUUUCACUUGACAUUCGAGGCUGUACAAAUGAAUGCCAGUUUGUUUAAAUAAAUUUUCUACCUGA